GCCUGGAGCCCGACACCCUGGAGAAGAUUUGCCUCCAGGCGUCGGGGCUGAUCAGCUGUGAGUGGUGCAGCGUGCGGAAACUUCCAGUCUUGUUCUUUCAGACGACUCAGGAGGAGUGCGUCCGCCUGCGCGAGCAGCUCAACAUGUCACAGGAGGAGGGGGGCCAGUGGUACGACUGCGCAGGAGACCACACGGACGAGAAGUUCAUCGUCCUGAUCUUCGAGAACGGCCUGGUGAUGAACGAGCAGAUCAUCCUGGAGGACAUCCUGGGAGAGAUCGGCAAGACCAACAACCUGAGCAACUUCCCCGCAAAGCUCACGUUCGAGGAGGCAAACAUCCGGCUGGUCAACUACAACAAGGCGUCCAAACAGAAGGAGGAGAAGAAGACCGCUCAAAGCCCUUCAAAAGUUGCCCAUGUCUCCCUGGUUACCAAGGUUACCCCGGUGACCCCGGUCACCAUGCCGACGAGAACACGCAUGGCCACGCGCCAGCACAGCAGCACCUACGAUGACGGCGGCGAAGAGGAGGAAGACAUGACGGACCUGCAGCCCACCUUCUCCGGACCGAUCAUCAAGUUGAUGGUGUACCCGCCUCCUCCAGCCAAAGGAGGCAUAUCGGUCACCAACGAAGACCUCCACUGCCUUAACGAGGGAGAAUUCCUCAACGACGUCAUCAUAGACUUUUAUUUAAAAUAUUUAGUUUUAGAGAAAUUGAAAAAAGAGGACGCACAAAGAAUCCACGUCUUCAGCUCCUUCUUCUACAAGAGGUUGAACCAGAGAGAGCGCAGGACCGUCCCGGACGCCGCCAACCUGCCAAUCCAGAAAAGGAAGCACAACAGGGUAAAGACGUGGACUCGGCACGUCGACCUUUUCCAGAAGGACUUCAUUUUUGUUCCCAUCAACGAGUCGGCCCACUGGUACCUCGCGGUCAUCUGCUUCCCGGGCCUGAAGAGUCCGGCGUUCGAGCAGAACCCGCUCUACCACAGCCGGUUUCCAGCCUCCACCUCGACCUCCAACCCCCCCUCAGAGGAGAUCAUCCCAGAUCACUGUCGCCCUCUGUCCCCGGACAGAGACGGUGUGGACAGCUCCUCAGAGGACCGGUUGUUACCCGGCUUCCUCCAGAGUCCAGAGGGUCAGAGCGACGGUGACCUCGCUAACGAGAACUCGACCUUGGCGGGGAGACAAGAGCCUUCAAACACUGUGUCGGCGGCGGGGUCGCGUAACGGACCGACGGACGCAGAGCAACCGUACACGAGUGAGUUGCACAGAAUCAGCGUUUGUUACGGUUCAGGAAAACGAGACGACGACACCUUCACCUUCUCUGACGACCAGAGCUCCUGUCAGGAUGAGUGCAGCGAGGACGGGACUGAAGACGCCGUCGCCUCAGACGCCUCCACCCUGGUGUCCAAACAAAACCUCUGCAGACAGCCUUGUAUCCUCAUCAUGGACUCUCUGCGAGGUCCGGCUCGGUCGACUGUGGUGAAAACGCUCCGAGAGUACCUGGAGGUGGAGUGGGAGGUGCGUAAAGGGACUCAGAGGAGUUUUGGGAAGGAUGUGAUGAAGGGCUCGAGCCCACGUGUGCCUCAGCAGGAUAACUUCAGCGACUGUGGAGUCUACAUCCUGCAGUAUGUGGAGAGCUUCUUCGAGAAUCCCAUCCCGAGUUUCCACCUGCCCGUGAACCUGUCCGAGUGGUUUCCUCAGCAGCGGAUGAAGACGAAGCGUGAGGAGAUCAAGGAUCUGAUCCUGAGGAUUAAAGAGCAACAGGAAGUGGACAAAAGGGAGUCGGACCAGGUCGAGGCGCCAACCGGCUCUUCUGAAGAGCCCGAGAUCGAAGAGACUUCUGGGUCCACGGAGCGGCCUUCAAACUUUCCCAUCAGCCCCUAAACCCCACCACCACCACCUUCCUCUUCCUGUUUUAUCCUCGGUCACUCUGGGGGUUCAGUGAGAGUGGGGGCGGAGCCUGAUUGUACGCUGCUGGUUUCACGUCUCGGUUGUCUAAAAACGGUCCCUUAACUUCCCUCCAUCACCACAGACAUGAAACACCUUUAAAUUUGUAUGGAAUAAAAAGUGUAAAUAUGCUGGAGUUCUCCCACUGCCUUUGUAAUUUUACCGUCUCCUGACUCAGUCGUGAAGCGGCCCCCGUUAAGUUAUGUUUUCAUCCAUGUUCUUCUCUCCGGGAGAGGAUCCAUCGCAGAAGAAACUGCGGCGCUCUUGCAUCCUUAUUUUGUAUGCUUUCUAGUUGUGUAGAGGAAAAAGAACAAAGACUCUAAAAGAAACUGAAUAGAAGACGUUGCUGUUCUUUGUAAGUUAUCGAUCCACGUGUCUGGAAUAAAAAAAAAAGAAAAGAAAAGCGUUUUCCUGAAGUUUGACUUCCAGGUCACGGGUCUCAGACGUAGCUCAGUGCUUGUUGUGUCUCUUCCAUGUGGAGUGGAUCCAUUUCAGCAUUAAAAGAAACACAGAUGCAAGAAGCACUUCUUUGGACUUAAGAGUUUGAUUUGUGCUGUCUGGGAAGUUUCUGUCGUUUUUUUUAAUGUUUAUUUCUCGGCCCUGAGAUGUUUGGAGACUAAAAGAGUUCAUUUCAAAGUGCUGAUUGUUUCAGAUUUUAUAAAUGUAAAGGGAUUAAAAAUGAAACGAGCCAAAAGAUAUACGAGGGAAGAGCCUCAUGUUGAAGAAGAGAAUCGAUUUAAAGGCAGACUGAGAAAGAUUUGUUUUAAAAAAAAAAAAACCCAAGAAAAAGUU